AUGGAGACGGGAAGCAGCGGCGGCCGGAGGCUGCCGAAGACGGAGUCGGCGGAGAUGCGGUGGGUGGUCCCCGGCGGCGCUUAUGAAGAGGAUGAGAUCGAUAGCUCGGACGACGGCGACGGCGGCACAGACACCCCCACGGCCGCCCUGGGCUCCCGUGGCGGUGGAGGCGGCUACUCGGACGCUGAAGAGGAUGAGGAGGACGCGCUGCUGCGCCAGCGCCUCUUGCGCACCGGCCCGCGCGCCGACUCCUUCGACGUCGAAGCUCUCGAUGUCCCCGGUCUGUACCGCCACCAGGAAUUUACCAUGGGAAGGAGUAUUGUUUUGGCCCUUCAGACGUUAGGCGUUGUCUUUGGGGAUGUUGGCACCAGCCCAUUGUACACUUUCGAUAUAAUGUUCAACAAAUACCCAAAUACUUCGAAGGAGGAUGUGCUUGGAGCACUCUCACUUGUAAUAUACACUCUGAUUCUAAUUCCAUUUCUGAAGUAUACUCUGAUUGUUUUAUGGGGAAAUGAUGAUGGAGAAGGAGGGAUAUUUGCUUUGUACUCUCUAAUAUGCAGGAAUGCAAAGGCUAGUCUCCUCCGUAACCAACUGCCCUCUGACACCCGCAUAUCAAGUUUCCAACUCAAGGUACCAUCGGUCGAACUCGAGAGGUCUCUGAGGAUCAAGGAGCGCCUCAAGACUUCAUCUAUGCUAAAGAAGCUACUUUUGAUGCUUGUUCUUUUUGGUACUUCUAUGGUGAUAGCGGAUGGUGUUGUUACACCAGCGAUGUCAGGUGAAGUGGUCAUGAUAAGCGUUGCAUUUCUCAUUGUUCUAUUCAGUCUGCAAAGGUUUGGAACAAGCAAAAUUGGGCUUGCUGUUGGACCUGCCUUGUUCAUAUGGUUUUGCUGCCUUUCUGGGAUAGGAAUAUAUAACAUUAUGAAAUAUGGUACAGAAGUAUUACGGGCAUUCAAUCCUAUAUACAUCUACUACUAUUUUGAAAGAAACCCAACUCAAGCUUGGAUGUCUCUUGGGGGCUGCCUUUUGUGCGCUACAGGAUCUGAGGCAAUGUUUGCUGAUCUAUGCUACUUCUCUGUUAGAUCUGUCCAGCUUACCUUUGUGUGUCUUGUUCUUCCAUGCCUUCUACUGGGUUACCUAGGGCAAGCUGCAUUUCUUAUGGAAAACUUGACUGAAAAUGAGCAGGUCUUCUUUUUAUCUAUCCCGAGUCAGGUGUUUUGGCCAGUGGUGUUCAUAGCUACUCUAGCAGCACUAAUUGCUAGUCGUACAAUGACAACUGCUAUUUUCUCAAUCAUUAAGCAGGCCACAGCUCUUGGCUGUUUUCCCCGCCUCAAGAUUAUUCACACUUCAAGAAAGUUCAUGGGUCAAAUAUACAUCCCAGUGAUGAACUGGUUUUUGCUGGUUUGCUGUCUCGCGUUUGUUACGACAUUUGGGAGCAUUAAUGAGAUUGGCAAUGCAUACGGUAUAGCUGAACUUGGGGUCAUGAUGAUGACUACUAUAUUGGUGACCAUCAUAAUGCUUCUGAUAUGGCAGGUCAACAUCAUUGUCGUUCUAUGCUUUCUCACCCUCUUCCUGGGCCUGGAGCUAUUUUUCUUUUCUUCUGUAUUGGGCAGUGUAGCAGAUGGCAGUUGGGUUCUUUUGGUGUUUGCGGCUGUACUGUAUCUGGUAAUGUACAUAUGGAACUAUGGGACCAAGUUGAAGUACGAAACUGAGGUUAAGCAAAAACUUUCGAUGGAUUUAAUGAUGGAUCUAGGCUGCAAUCUCGGUACAGUCAGAGCGCCUGGAAUUGGAUUGCUUUAUAAUGAACUGGUGAGGGGGGUUCCUGCAAUCUUUGGUCACUUCCUGACCACAAUGCCAGCCAUUCAUUCGAUGAUCAUUUUUGUCUGCAUCAAGUGGGUUCCUGUUCCUGUCGUUCCUCAGAAUGAAAGGUUUCUCUUUCGCCGGGUCUGCCCAAAGAACUACCAUAUGUUUCGCUGCAUUGCUAGGUAUGGGUACAAAGAUGUACGCAAAGAGAACCCCCAAACAUUUGAACAGCUUCUGAUAGAAAGUCUAGAGAAAUUUAUACGGCGAGAAGCUCAAGAGCGCUCCUUGGAGAGUGACGAGAAUGGUAACACGGACUCUGAAGAGGAGGUUGCGUCAAGCUCAUCAAGAGUUCUUGUUGGUCCAAAUGGUAGCAUCUACUCUCUUGGUGUUCCACUCCUUGCGGAGUGUGCUGGUGUUUCAAAUCCAAACUUUGGAUCAAGCACAUCAUUUGAUGGAUCUCUGGACGGGACAAUGGAUGGAAGGCGAAGCCUGGACAAUGAGCUGUCUUUCAUUCACAAGGCCAAGGAGUGUGGCGUGGUUUACCUUCUUGGACAUGGCGACAUCCGAGCUCGGAAGGAGUCAUUCUUUGUCAAGAAGCUAGUGAUCAACUAUUUCUACGCGUUCCUGAGGAAGAACUGCCGGAGAGGCAUAGCAACGUUGAGCAUACCGCACACAAGGCUGAUGCAGGUCGCAAUGCAAUACAUGGUGUAG